AUGCCCGAGGAGCAGCCGGUGAUCAGCACCGUGCGCGGAGACGGCGAGGCCAUGGCUGAGCGGCGGGGACUGCCCGGCGGCACCGAACAGGACUUCCGAGGAAGCCGGCCGAGGAUCGGGGCGCGGGUCCUCUGCAGGCUUCCUCGGACGUACGAUCCUUCGGAUCAACCGGGCUCGCGCUCCCUCCCGGCGCUGCGAGGAGUUUGCGAGCGGCCGAGGGAAUCCCCCCCGGAGAGCGCCCUGCGGAGCCCGGCGCCGAGGAUGGCGAGGCCGGCGGAGCCCCGGGGACUCCGGAGCCCCCUGAUCUGCCUCCUGGCCCUCCUGCUGCGCGGACUUCCCCGGGCGAGGGCAGAUGGCCUUGUUGAUGUGCUGCAGGCGUUUGGUGUGCGGGAGGGCAAAAACGGGGUCUCUAUCACUGCGGGGAUCUGCACGCAGAGGAAUGGAUCGGAGGACAGCGACCUGGCCUUCCGCCUGGAGAACCAGACCCACUUCAAUGUCCCCACCAGGCAGCUCUUUCCAGACGGCCCCUUCCCAGAGGAUUUCUCGGUGCUAACCACCCUGCGAGCCCUAAGAGGCAGCCAGUCUUUUUUGUUUUCCGUGUUCGACGUUCGGGGAGUGCAGCAGCUCGGCGUAGAGAUCGGACGCUCGCCCGUCUUCCUGUAUGAAGAUCAGCAUGGCCACCCAGUGCCCGAGGAAUAUCCUCAUUUCCACAGAGUCAACAUGGCUGAUGGGAAGUGGCACCGCAUAGCUCUGAGUGUGGAAGGUGCGAAUGUAUCCCUGAGUGUUGACUGCGGAGACCCUAUGACGCUGCCCCUGGAGAGGGACGCGCAUCCCGUCGUCAGUGUCGAGGGCAUCGCCUUACUUGGGGCACGGCGGCCAGAUGAAGAUGUCUUUGAGGGUGAUCUUCAGCAGCUGCUAAUUGUGCCGGAUCCCUCUGCCGCCUCCCAGUACUGCCAACACUACAUGCCAGAUUGCAACAGGCCGCUCACCUAUCCGUUGCAUGCCCAAUAUGCGGAAGAGAACGUUCCCCGCAGGAAGGGCAAGCGAGGCAAGGGCAAAGGCAAGGGCAAAGGCAAAAAGAGAGGGAGAGGCAAGAAGAAGAGGAACAAGGAAGCGGUCGAGACGUCCUCCUCGCUCCCUCCAGCCCCGGGCCAGUAUGAGGCUCUGACCCAAGCUGUUCCUACAAAACCAGCAGCCGAUUUCUGGGAGGAGAGUUCUGAUCCUGAACAUGGAGCGCUUACCCCGACCACUGUGACGGUCAGCUUUAACUUCUCUGGCAAUUAUGAGGACCUUCUAGGAGAAGAGUAUGUGAUCAGUGAGCACACAGACCUGGAUGGCAAUGGCACAUAUGAGGCCUAUGAUGAUAGGCUUGACUACAGAACGAGGGACUAUGAAGACUACUAUGACCGAAGGGAUACCAGUGAGGAAGAGCGAUUUGAUCCUGCUGAGCGCGUUGAAGCUACUGCUCAGGUCCCCCAGGAAACCAAUCUGAAGGGACAGAAAGGGGAGCCGGCAGUCCUGGAUCCUGGCACUCGUUUUGUAGGGCCACCUGGAUACCCGGGGCCAGUGGGUGAGCCAGGUCCUAUAGGACAAGCAGGGCCUCCAGGAUUUCCAGGGGAUCCUGGCGAGAGGGGACCACCAGGACUCCUAGGCCUUCCAGGAGCUGAUGGCAUUCGUGGACCCCCUGGGAUGAUGAUUAUGUUACCAUUCCAGUUUGGUGGCGACUCUUCGAAAGGCCCUUCGGUUUCUUUUCAGGAAGCCCAGGCUCAAGCGAUCUUGCAGCAAGCCAAGCUGGCUAUGAAGGGUCCCCCCGGUGCCAUGGGCCUCACAGGCCGGCCUGGGCCACUGGGUCUGCCGGGAAAUCCGGGAUUGAAAGGAGAUGCAGGUGACGCAGGACCACAGGGUCCUCCAGGGAUAAUCGGGCCGGUUGGUUUCCCAGGGAAAACUGGCAAGCGGGGUCGCUCAGGAGCCGAUGGUGCCAGAGGAUUGCCGGGGGAAACUGGACCAAAGGGUGACCGAGGUUUUGAUGGACUUCCGGGACUUCCUGGUGAGAAGGGGAACAAAGGAGAAGUAGGGAAGCCAGGCCCACCUGGAGCUCCUGGUGAGAAUGGAGCUAAGGGUUCAGAUGGUAUACCUGGUGCCGGAGGACAGUCUGGGGAAGCUGGAUUGCGUGGUUUGCCUGGUUCGCGAGGCCCUCCUGGUCCCCCAGGCCCACCGGGUGCCAGUGGUAUCGAUGGGGCCCCUGGACCCAAAGGCAAUCUGGGCAUACAGGGUGAGCCUGGUCCGCCAGGACAACAGGGAAACCCUGGAGCUCAGGGUCUACCUGGUCCUCAAGGUCCUGUCGGGCUUCCAGGCAACAAGGGUCCACAUGGAAAACCAGGAAUUCCAGGACUGGCUGGUGUGGAUGGACCCCCGGGUCACCCAGGAAGAGAAGGACCACCUGGGGAGAAAGGAGCCCAGGGUCCAUCUGGUGCAGCAGGACCUGUUGGCUAUCCAGGGCCCCGUGGAGUCAAGGGGGCCUUUGGAGUGAGAGGCCUGAAAGGAAGCAAAGGUGAGAAGGGAGAAGAUGGAUUCCCUGGCUUCAAGGGUGACAUGGGACCCAAGGGUGACCGGGGUGAUGGUGGCCCACUGGGGACACGUGGCGAGGAUGGCACCGAGGGCCUGAAAGGGCAAGCAGGUCCUGUGGGGGAAGCAGGUCAUCCUGGCCCAGCUGGCGAGAAGGGAAAGUUGGGGGUGCCGGGCUUGCCAGGCCACCCUGGCCGCCAGGGACCUAAGGGCUCGACUGGAUUCCCAGGGCCCCUGGGCCUCAUUGGAGAGAAAGGCAAGCGGGGUCUUCCAGGUGAACGUGGUUUGCCAGGACCCACCGGGAAACCAGGACCAAAGGUGUCCCCAUAUGACAAGUACGAUUUCAAGGAGGGGUCUCAGUGGGCUGCAGUGGGACUGGGGAAACUGCAAAGUCCUCCACAAAUUGUUGGAGGCAUGCUGUAA